AGUCAACUUCUUUGGAGAUAUAAACUCUGAUGUCUGUCAGAACUGCUGUCUGAGGCAGGAGUGACCGAAUUCUGACCGAAUUUUGUGGCAGACUGAGAAUAUGGCUGUUUAUAAGACAAUAAUGUACUCUGUUGGGCCUGGGUCAGUCCUGUUGUGGAUGUUAUUAUGGGGUGCUGACUGUGACACACAGCCUCAGGCAGAGGAAGUGGAACUUUUCAACUCUGACAAACAGCUCACCCUGGGAUGGCGGUCGGAACCACUUAAAUUGUGGAACGAAAUCAAGCUACCAUUUUUUACUGGAGGUCCUGUGCUCCAAGCUUGUGUAAAAAGAGGACAGAGGUCGGUCUUAAGCAAGUGGAUAGAGCGUAGAGAUGCCCACCAUUUACUGAUGGAUAUUUCGAUUGCCCAAGAAGAAGAGUCAUCCGGUGGGCUCAGCCCGCUGAAAGUUCAUCUUUUUGACACAGACAAUGCUAUCACAAGGUUUCUGAAUGGUCAGACUGUCCUGGACCUUCAGAAUUUCAAACUGUUCUCUAAUUCAGAUCCUCCGAGCUCAAUAUCCAAGCAUCUGAACCGCAGCCUGUCCCUGAACCUGGGUCCAGUCACACGCAGAGGCUUCCAGCUCGCCUUCUCCUACACAGGAGAAUGUGUGUUCAUAGCAUCCAUCAGACUAUAUUAUAGGGCAUGCCCUGACAUCGUUUCCAACCUGACAUCUUUUGUAAAAACGGGGGCACACUCAGAGCCAGUGCUGGGGCAUUGUGUGGAGGGGGCUGUUGAGUCAUCUCCUCCUGUAAGAGAGUGCGACAUGGAUGGAGUGUGGAGGUCACAGCAAGGCGUCUGCUCUUGUGAGCGUGGGCAUGAAGAGAUGGAUAACACAUGUAAAGCCUGCCGGAUAGGUUACUACAAAUCCACCAAUGGGAGAGGAGAAUGCCAGCUGUGCCCGCCAAAUACCAAGACCACCAAGAAGGGAUCAGAGAACUGUGAGUGCCUGAAAGGAUUCAGUCGCCUGCCAUCCGACCCCCAUGACCUUGGCUGCAGUAAGCCACCCUCUGCUCCUUUAAAUUUAACAGGUACUCCUGUUAAUGACUCUGUACUGAUCCUGACAUGGGACCCUCCCCAUGACGAAGGAGGCAGGAAAGAUGUGACAUACCAUUUAAAGUGUGAAAGGAAAGCAGAGAUGGGCAUUCAGUGGGAGCUUUGUGGGAACAACAUAGUUUUCCAGCCAGACUCAAAUGGGCUGAAUAAUACAUCAGUCAUCAUCCUGGGACUGAACCCACAAUGUGACUACAGACUGUCAGUGCGAGCCUGCAAUGACAUAUCCACUCUGCAGGAAGCAUCACAUUCAUCCACUGCAACUGUCAUUAUGCACAGAUGGAAGAAUCCUCCUGUGGUGAUCACUGUGAUUCCUACUCUAAUUAACUUAGAUGGUGAAACCACUCCAGCUCCUGCACAAAAGUCAUCCUUCUAUCGUUCCAUAUGGUUCAUAGUUGUUAUUUUACUCAGCCCUGUGUUGCUCGCAGCUGUAAUCUUUGUUGGAACGUGUUUCUUGUGCCGAAGCUACACUAAACUCAGGUCAGAACCGGACCAGGAAAUGCAGCUCCUACCAGGGAAUGCUGUGAUUUCCCACCAGCAUUCACACAUUACAGAGACUGCAGUGCAGCAGCCUAACAUCUCAGAGGGGGUGAUCCAGUUGCUGGAAGGGCUUGGUAGCAGGUUGUUGGACAGUCUGAAGGAUGUCUUGGUGGAAAGAAACCAACUGACUCUGGGCAAGGAAGUAGGCAAAGGAGAGUUUGGAUCAGUGUUUGAAGGGAUCUUUACAACGCAGGCUGGUGUUGACAUGAAGGUGGCUGUGAAAACUAUGAGAGUUGGAAUUCACAGCCAGCAAGACUUGCAUGAGUUUUUGAGAGAGGCAGAGAUAAUGAAGAGUUUUGAUCAUGAAAACGUUGUCAAACUGCUUGGUGUCACUUUAAAAAAAGAGGAGGAUUCUCCUCUGCCUUUUCCUCUAGUCAUCCUUCCAUUCAUGAAACAUGGGGACCUACGGCGCUUCCUUAUUGCUACACGCUAUGGUGACAUCCCAAUGUUUGUUCCACACCAAAAACUCUUGCAGUUUAUGACUGACAUUGCAUCAGGGAUGGACUAUUUGAGCUCAAAGGGAUUUCUGCAUAGAGACCUGGCUGCACGCAACUGCAUGCUGGGGGAUGAUCUUAGGGUUUGUGUAGCUGACUUCGGCCUUUCUAAGAGGGUCCAUAGCAGCAAUUAUUACCGUCAGAAAGUCGUUAUCCGUAUGCCAAUCAAAUGGAUGGCCAUUGAGAGCUUGUCCGAGUCCGUCUACACAACCAAAAGUGAUGUGUGGUCAUUCGGAGUAACUAUGUGGGAGAUUGUGUCCCGAGGAAAGACUCCAUAUCCUGCUGUCCACAACUAUGAACUGCUGGACCUGCUGCUGACAGGACACAGACUCAAACCACCUGCACACUGUGAUGCGAAGCUUUAUGAAGUCAUGAAGAGCUGCUGGGAUCCAGAGCCAAGUUUGAGGCCACACUUCAGGGAUCUGCUUGAAGUACUGAAAGGUCUUCUCUCCGAGCUUCCGGUCCUGGAAGCCUGGCAGGAGGCUAGAUACAUCAACCAAGGAUUAGAUGUUGCAGCUGGUGCUGGUGUUGUGUCUGAGAAUCCUCAGGAAGACUCUGGAGGAAAACAUGAAAAUAUCUACAUGUCUUCUCCCGUGGGUGCAGACGGAUGUAAAACAAUGCCACUGUGAUCACCUCUGUUAUUCAGACUUAAAUAUUGUAAAACGUAUCUACCCAUUGUCCAGGUGUGUUUAAUCUUGUUCAGGAUCUAGGAGGACUGGAUUUCUAUUCUAACCAAGAGCCAGGAGACAUGCCAACAGUCCAUCAUAGGACACAUAGGACAGACAAUCCUGUACACCACAUCCCCCCCAGUCCAAAUUAGCUGCCUUUUUUAAACUUUAUUUUCGGAAAAAUACUUUCUUUAUCUCUGAGUUGCCUUUCAGCUAUUGUUGCUACAUGACUCUUCACUGUGGAUGAUGACACUCUUCUACCAGUGUCAGCCUGCAUCUUCACAAGUCUAGCUUUUGUUCUGGGGCUGAUACUCACAUUUCACACCUAAUCAUGUUCAUCUCUAGAACACAAGACCUAUCUACUUCCUGAACGGUAUGACUGCUGCACAUUCCCAUAUUGUUAAUACCUGCAUAUAAUUUUUGAACAGCGGAACGUGAAAACUUCAGGCAUCUGGAAAUUGUACCCAUGGAUGAAUCCGUCAUGUGGAGGUCCACAAUUCUCUUUCUGAUAUCUUGGCUGAUUUCUUUUGUUUUAUUCCAUUAUAUCACAUAUGGAAGCAGUGUGUUUGAGAUGUUUCCUUUAAAAUAUAUUAACAGGUGUACCUCCAAUUAAUUGAAAUGAUUUGAAUUCACUUAUCAGAAGCUUAGAAAAUUAUAUCAUCAUCUGGGUGUUCCCAAAUUGUUUAAUGACACAGUAAUCUUAACAUAUGCAAACUUCUGACUUUGCUUUAGAAAGAUUAUCUUAUUAUUCUGGCAUUUAGCAAUUAAAAAUGGUUUUAGUAAUCCUUAAUGACCUUAAAACAGGAAAACAUUGUUCUGGUUGAAUGUCAGACAGUGAGAAAAAAAAGAAAAUUGGUCUGUUUUACGGUAUACUCUAUGUAGAUAUCUGGUUUCAAAUCUACAUACCAACUAUAAAAAAGCUGAAUUACCAGCUGUAAAGCCAACCCUUCAGAUCCAGCAAACACUUGAUUGCAGUUGUUGUUGCUAAGAGCGGCUCAACCACUUAUCAAGUUUAGGGAGGAAAACCACUUUUCACACAGGGCCAUGUAGGUUUAUGAUUAUUUUCCCCUUUUGUUUACUUGUGUUGUUUUUCUGUAAUUUGUUUGUUAAUCAGAAACAAUUGUGUGUGACAAACAUGGACUGAAUUCACAAACAUGUACACAUUUAUACACCGAUACGUAGAUCAGUAGGGAACCUGGGCUUGUGUGGCUCAGGGGCACGUCAACAUGUGAUGGGAGAAGCUGGAAUCACACCACAACGUUUGGAUUGCCAGGCAAUUCCUCUUCCCACUGAGCCACAAUGUAACCUCUUUCAGGUAUAUCUCAAGAAACUAUAAUAGUGCAGAAAAGUGAAUUUAUUUCAGAAAUUAUUUUCUUACUCUAAUUCUUGUUAUAUAUACCAAAAAAUAAAUAUUUACUUCAAUAAGACAAUCUA